AUCUACGGCCCUUCCGACACUUCUAUUGGCACAGGGCGAUUUCCAUGUGAAUGGCUGCCUCCGCUUCCUCCCUCCUGGCCUAAUGCUCAUAGGCCGAGACGCUUUUUAUGUCACCUCCAUAUCAGGAUGUGGUCGGGGUGGGCGUGGCUAGACAGCUCCUCGAUGCACCUCCAUUGGUCAAUUCCUUUUUCACCAACCAUUCGCAGUCAUUGACUGAAGCGGCUGUGAUGUCACGUGAUCUAGGGCCGCUCCGUCCUUGCUCACUGCCAGAGCCCGAAAAGACCGAGGCUCACGUGACUGCCCCUCCCUUCCAAAUCUGGGAAGGCUACAAGUGGAGAAAAGGCACGCUCGGGAGCUCCAGACCCCGCUCCUGGGCCUGAGAAGCCAUGGCGUCUCGGGCCGUCGGAGAAUUGCGAGGUCGGCGACCCGAGACUGUGGUGCGUGGGGAGGCGAUCGAGACGGACUCGGCGGCAUCUUCGUCAGAAGAGGAGCUGUACCUGGGCUCGGCCCCGCCGUGCCGGGGCCGCCCCACUGGGCUGCGCGUAGCCGGGGAAGCACCUGAGACUGACUCUGAGGAGGAGCCCGCGACCCUGGUGGCCCACGCGGAUCUGCCCCCGCUCGUGGUGGUUCGGGGCGCAGAGUGGGCAGAAGAGGAGGCUCCCGCAGAGGCCGCGCUCCCUGCCUCGGGCCGGGCCUCACUGCUGCAACACCGGCUGGCUGAGAGCCAGGCUCGCCUGGGCCACGACGUGAGCGCCGCGGUGCGUGCUGUGUACCGGCGAGCUGGCCUCGAUGUAGCCGGCCUGGCAGCCCGUCUGGCCGCCGCGCAGGCGGUGGGCUUGGCGGCUGCCCACAGCAUCCGCCUGGCCCGCAGCGACCUCUGCUCCCUGGCCGAGCGCCUGGACAUUGUAGCCAGCUGCCGCCUGCUGCCUGACAUCCAAUCUCCUGCUGAGCCAGGCCCCAGCCCCCGGGCAUAGUGGAGGAGCAGCCCUCCUCACUUGUGUCCCACCCCCACUGUGGUUCCCAAGGUCUAGUGUCCCUUGCUGGCUUCUCUGGGGAGGGUUGGUAGGAG